AUGUCGCUCGUGUCCUCGCUCGGGCUGCAGCCGCGCCUUGAGGGCCUAGUCGACGCCGUCGCGCGCGGGUACGACGCGCACCCCGUGCUGGCGCUCGCGCUGCUCCCGCUCGUGCUCGUGCCGCUGCUGCUCGCGGCGCGCGCAUACAGGGGCUACCUCGCCCUCGGGCCCGGCGGGCUCCCGAACAACGUGUUCGGCUGGGCGCUGCAGGCGUCGUUGCGGCCGUUUGCGCGCGAGACCAAGAGCACGGCAGUGUACGAGGCCGACGGCACGGUGUGGGCCUUCCCGUCCCACGGGCGCGUGUCCUUCCUCUGGCGCGCCGACCUGCCUGCCCGCUCGCCGCCGGUGCCGCCCGAGGUGCCGGACUACAUUGCGCCCCAGCGCCAGGUGACGCAGGUCGGCAAGGCGCCAAUCAUCGCCGCUAUGGACGAGUUCCUCGCCUCGCUCGCGGACGCGAACGAGGGGUUGCUGGCCAUCAAGGGGAGCAAGCUCGAGGACCACGCCAGCUCGGCGCUGUGGAUCCUCGACACGGACGCCGAGACGGAGGCCGCAAACGACCGCCCGCUCGCAGACUACCUCCAGCCCCUCGUCAAGGGCGAGCUCGUCCACGUCCACUCCGAGGGCUCGUCACACAUCACGCUCAGCCUCGCCGACGCAGCCAAGGCCAUCGGCGCCGGCUGGGCCCAGCGCCACCCGCUCAGCGGGGUCAAGGCCUUCGGCCUGCCAGUGUCGUAUGUCAUGCUGUAUGCGCCCCGUGACAAGGACGAGCUCGAGGUGUGGAAGAACUUUGUGCGCGCCAGCGUCGAGUUUACGACGGCGGACUGGGCACCAAAGUACCAGCCGCUCAACCUGGCGUGGUCGCGCUAGGUCGCCACGUCGCCACGGAACCCACCGAAAGAUGACUCCUUGCCUCCCGAUUCCGUGGGGACAAGGGGUUAGUCACCCUAUCCGACGUUGUUAUUCCAGUUCCGGCGACACCGCCCACGCC